AUGACACGACACAGCAAGAACUGCUCUGCAGGGGCUGUCUACACCUACUACGAGAAGAGGAAGGACAGAGAGGCCUCAGGCUACGGGACCCUGAACAUUCGACUGAGCCGGGAUGCCAUGAAGAACUUCAACUGCUGCUGUCUCUCUCUGCAGCCCUGCCAUGAUCCAGUGGUCACCCCAGACGGCUACCUGUAUGAAAGGGAGGCGAUCCUGGAGUACAUCCUACACCAGAAGAAGGAGAUUGCCCGGCGGAUGAAGGCGUAUGAGGAGCAGCGAGGAGCCCGGAGGAAAGAGCAGAAAGAGCUUCAGCGAGCUGCUGCAGCACAGGACAAAGUUCGAGGCUUCCUGGAGAAGGAAGCAGCCCUGGUGAGCCGGCCCCUCAACCCCUUCAUGCCCAAGGCUGCCACCUUGCCCAACACAGAUGUUGAGCAGCUAGGGCCCAGUGAGGGUCCCCUAGGCAAGGACAAGGACAAAUCCCUGCCCAGCUUCUGGAUUCCCUCACUGACUCCUGAGGCAAAGGCCACUAAGCUGGAAAAGCCAUCCCGCACCGUGACCUGCCCUAUGUCUGGGAAGCCACUGCGCAUGUCGGACCUGACGUCAGUGCGCUUCACGCAACUGGACCAUGUCACAGGCAGUGAGCGCUACGUCUGUGCAGUGACCGGAGACAGCCUGAACAAUGGCACACCCUGUGCAGUGCUGCGGCCCUCUGGGGCGGUGGUCACUCUGGAGUACGUGGAGAGACUGAUCCGGAAGGACAUGGUGGACCCUGUGAAUGGGGAUAAGCUGACAGAGGGCGACAUCAUCUUGCUGCAACUGGGCGGUACAGGCUUUGCAGGCUCCGGAGGGAAGUUACAGGUGGAAAUGUGA